CAAUGGCGCUGUCGGGAUCUGCAUGGUGCCGUUCGUUUGAAUCAUAGUGCGCUCCGCUUUUCACUACUUUCACUGAUUAGGCUUGUCAGCUGGAGGAAAAAUAGGAGCUAAAAGUGUGGCUUCUAGCUAGUAUACUACAGUCGCAGUAAUUAAGCUCUGCUGUGUUCUCCUGGCUGACAACAACUGCAAUCCUGCAACCGCGUACGGUACUAUAAAAGAGAAUUGUUUUGAUUUUGGGAAAUGAGCAACGUUCUUUCUCCCGAGGCCGCGGCAUGGGCCGCCUCUGUUUUAGUGAAGGAAAUGCCUUCCAAGUACACCAACUUUGACAACACAAAGGGGACACUGCAAUCGAUGGGGCUGAAAUUCCUGCGAAAGCAAGAUCUGGUUCAGAUAUGGCAACGGCUCAAAUUACAUUCUUUUGUCUACGACAGCCGUCAGAAUUUCCACAUUAAUUCAAGUGCCAACAAGGAUGCAUGGGUCAGUCACUGCGCACAGUUUCUGUCUUUGCCAGGGGCGUCUUCUCUUACGCCUGUUGGAAAUGGCAAUGGCGCGGUUCCGCCCGCUGCUGCAGCAUCAGUCCCCCCUGCUGCAGCAUCAAUACCCGCGGCCGCCUCCAUGCCCAUGGGAAAUCCCCAUGGGAUUCCGCCGUUGGGCUAUCCGUAUCCUGCGGGAAUGGCCUGUGCUAGGGCCCCUUGGAUGGGCCCUGGGCCGCCUCCUCAUUAUAAUCAACCACCCGCCUUUGGGUUUCCGCCCCCUGGCCAUCCGCCCUUUCAUCAAAACCGAUAUCCACCCUAUCCAGGCUACCCGCCAGCACCCGCUCCUGCGACAAUACCAACGGCUGCAACCCUUCCGGCAGCCGCCACUGGGCCAACACGAAACCCGACAAUCCAUAGUGCUUCUAGGAAGCGCAAGUCCCCAGCUACUGCAACAGCAACAGCCCCACCUGUAUUAUUCGGAGGAGCUUCCGAUCCUUUCUUGGACUUUAUGGCUGGAGCGCUUGCAUCUAGUGCCACUGAAAGCGGUUCGGCAUCGUCUUCCGAAGGGAGUUCAGUCGGGGCAGUGAUAAGAGGCACUGCAGCGUCAGCCGCUACUGCUACCGAGGAACGCAUCUGGUCAGAACUAAAAGGAAUGGGCUUUGGGGAGUCAGAUAAACAGGAAUGCUUAGGUGCUAUUCGCCGCGUCAUGGAGAAAAAUCCUAAUCCAGACUCUAUGGCGAUAUCUAUUGACAUUAUUACACACAGAGAAGAAGCAGAGGAAGCUCGAAAGAUGGAUAUGGCAAGGGCUGCCUCUGAAGCGGACCGGAGAGAAGAGAGUCAAAAACUGCGAGACCAGCGAAAACAGGACGACGACGUUAAGGUUCUGGCCGCUUCGUUAGAGGAAUUGAAAAAUCCAUCCGGUCCAGAAAACAAAAAACUCAUGUUCAAGACAUCGUGGCUGCUGCGGUACGAAAAAUGCACGCCAAUGCUUCAGGAGAUUUGCAACAACCAGCAGCACGGGGAAACGAAGAAGAGUCUGAUUGAGUUUCUCAAGAAAGAAAAGGAUGCUUGCAAGUGGUAUGCAGCUAACGAAUUGCCCAAGUAUUGGCUCAAGUUUGUUGCUGGCACUCGCAUGUUGGACAAAUACUCGACUGGUGGAUCAGCAGCUCUGAAAGGUGAAUUGGAGACGCUGACAAACGAAAUCAAUGAAGCCAUGUGCCUGCCGAGUAAGCAGAACAAGGAAAACAUACCACUCAUUUUCCUUAACGCAAGGGACAAACACCAAACACCAGGUGAAAAGGCAGCCGAAGAAGAUGAUGACGAUGAUGAUGUCAUCCUAGUUUUGGAUGAGUCGGAAAUCCGUCGCACUUCGCAAUCCGCUCAAGAUUUGAAACCAGGCGGUGCUGCAUUGAUUGAAAUGUCGUAAUCGUCUUUUUGAAGAGCACUCGAUAUCUAUCCGAGAGCACCAUGUUCUCUUUGGUUUCGAGAACGACCGAGAUCGAAUGAGCGAAAGCAGUAGUCGCAGCUAUACAGUAGUUUGCAAGAUUGCAGUUUUGUGUUGGGCCAGGAAUAAAAUAAUAGGCAAGCUGGAUCGAUGCACU